GAAACGAAAAAUAGCAGAGAUCGCGGAGAUCUGAAAGACCCAUCUAAAGCCGAUACCUCCAUCUGUUUGCGAAAAUUCCCGAGAGAAAACUAACCACGUCUCAACCACAAGACAUGGUAGUCCCUUUGGGCCCGGGAAAGUUCUACGGCCGCGGCCUCCCUCGGCCACGUUUCUUCACUGACGUCAAACUUAAUCCGGAGCGCGUCGAUCCCCCGACACCUGUACUAGAUCCCCUCCUCUCCUGGGCUCGGGAGGCCCAUUGGUCUAUGGGUGGGCUCAGCUUCAACCGUCUACGCCUUCAGGGCCGCAUCGAAGGUAACGUCGACAAACUCCGCAAGGAGGUCGAGAAACGCAUCAAAGAACGAUCACCGCCGUCCAAAAUUACAAUCCCGGCCUUUAGUGAUCUAAAAAGCAAAAAAGAAGCUUUGAAAAGGAGGGUUAGUGCUGAUUCGCCUCCUCCGGCUCCAGUUGCAAUUAAGCGAAGGAGACGGCUGGCUUUGAUGGACGAGGACGACGAUGAUAGCGACAGGGAGCAAGAACUGGUGGAACAAGAAAAUGGGGAAAAAGGGAAGCGCCGCACAGAGAGAUUUCCAGUGAGGAAGCUCGGGGAUGACUUCGAUCGUGUAGCAAAGGAGAGUGGUCGCGGUGUUGGUGAUGCGGUGAUGAAGGUAGUGGAGAUAUUAAAUAAGGAGAAUUCCGAGGGCCAUAAGUUGAAGCGUGGAAGGAAGGGCAAGAUCGAAGGUGAGGAGAUUUCCUCUGUUUCUGUUAGUGGGACAAGGACUUCAGCAAGAUUAGCUAAACGAAGAUCUCCUUAGUAUCAGUGUUGUUUAGUCUUAUGUACUGUAGUCUACUUUUCUUUGUUCUUUCAGCUUUUCCUUUGGUCCUCUUUCUUUUGCUGUAUAAAUAGCUGUGGAUUUGAAUGUUCCAGUGAUCUGGGUUUUCAAUGAAGUAUCAUAUAUUUUGAUAUUGGCAU